AUGAGUACUACUACAGCAGAACUCAACGAGCUUUUCGCCAUACCACCAGUGACUGAGCUGCCUCCCGAUGUCCUAGGCGAGCUUCAAUCCAUACUCCGCCUACACUCGAUUCCUCCGCAAGAGCUGUCAUACAAAUGGGAAUCCUACAGCAUGAAGAUGGGGUCCGAGCAGACCAAACUCGACCUCCCUACUGCUCGAGCAUUCAAGAAAGAUUUGCAAGAGAUGCUAGAGCGAGAAUCGAGAGGGAAAGCGCACGUUCGCAGCGUGGACAAGCGGGGCGCAUAUGCGACACCCAGGAAUACUGGGAAGGGGGAUGAUGUGUUUGGGAUGCUGGAUGGCAUUGUGCCAAAUACUCCAGUGCCGCAACGCUCUACGAAUGGCGCAAUGAAGAGGAAAGCUGCUUUCGAUACGCCCGCGGUCCCCAAAUUUAGUAAAGCGGAUGGCAUGAGUUCUCCCAGCGAUGCGAGGACCAACGGUAAUACAAAGGGCGUCCAGAGUAUUCCAUUCUCAGAACGUCAGAACGCAGGCCAGAUUGUCGAAACCCUCAAUCCCCACUUGAAUACCUGCGAGGCUCCCAUCGCGCCACCAGCCGAGUCUCGCGUCAGACUGACUGCAAACACCGACCUGAAGAAGUUUUCUUAUAAGCCCAUGGCGAUGCACCUUUCGGAAGCAUCCGAGGUUCUGGAUGACCGGAUAGACGAAUUCCAAUCUCUAAUACAGGUCCAUCACAAUCUCGAAGAUUCGGCUUUCGGAAAUGCAGCGAACCGGGCUACCAGCGAGAUCAUUGCCGUUGGACGGAUUGCCUCGGAUGCACUCGAAGGAAAACUCAACGCAUCUUCGCUGAUGCUUGAGACUUCAAGACGGACAGGUGCUGGAUUACGAGUGCCUCUCAAAGUCGAAUCGGUAUCCCAUGAAUUCUUUCCUGGACAGAUUGUUGCGAUUCGUGGCAUCAACGCAUCGGGUGAUUAUUUUUCUGUCAACCAAGUCCUAGAGAUGCCUCUCCUGCCAACAGCGGCUUCUCUGCCGUCAACGAUGGAUGCCUUGAACGAGAGGCUUGGGGUCGAAGAAGCUAACUCGGAGAACCCUGCACAUGCCCUCAACGUCCUUGUUUCCUCUGGUCCAUACACUGCAGAUGACAAUCUUGGAUUUGAACCACUGCAAGCCUUGUGCCAGAAAGCAGCCGAGUCAUAUGCAGAUGUCCUCGUUAUGGUAGGACCAAUCCUCGACCUCGAGCAUCCGCUUCUCGCAUCUGGCGACUUUGAUCUUCCAGACGAUUCCAGCAUCGAGCCCGACAAGGCCACUCUCAACGACGUCUUCAGAAUCCUAAUAGGCACACCAAUUCGUCAUCUCGCUCUGCAAGUGCCCAAUAUAACUAUCGUACUCGUUCCCUCAGUGCGAGACGCAGUCAACAAGCACGUCUCAUGGCCUCAAGAACCCUUCGACAAGAAAGUUCUCGGACUCCCGAAGCAAGCAAAGGUCGUCACCAACCCUGUGACCAUCUCUCUGAACGAGAUCGUUGUAAGCAUAUCAGCACAAGACGUCCUCUGGGACCUCCGAUGCGAGGAAGUCAAAGUUGGAAGAACGAAAGAGAGUGAUCUCAUGGCACGGCUACCUAGACAUCUCAUCCAGCAACGCCAUUUCUUUCCUCUGUUCCCACCUGCUGAUCGGAAAAGCUUGCCCAAGACAGGCACGGAGGAGGGUGUUGCAACUGGUACGCCGAUGGAUGUGAGCUAUGUGAGACUGGGAGAGUGGCUCAAUGUGCGGCCGGAUAUGUUGAUCACGCCUAGUGCACUGUCGCCUUUUGCAAAGGUCGUCGAAAGCGUUCUAGUGGUCAACCCAGGACCACUAUCCAAACGCAAAGCAGCCGGUACUUACGCACAACUGGCGAUUCACCCGAGGAGAGUCACUGACGAGGAGCGAGAGCGCGAGCAGGCGGAGGGAACAAUGAUCGGGCAUCACCUGUUCGAUAGAGCAAGGGCGGAUAUUGUGAGGAUAUAG